CCCGACUUCCUGGGUCAUCCGGCAGGAGAGGCGCGAGAAGGCGCACUCACGGGUUCGGAGUCCAUCAGGAGAGGCGAACGCGCACCCCAAGUCUCUGCGGCAGUGUGCGAAGCUCGUGAAACCCUCCCUCCCUGCCGAGGAUCCCUCCGCCUGCCGUAGCGGUGGUGAGGCCGAGGGAGCCGCCAUUUUGGAUGUUCGGUUCCUGCCGCCACUGCCGCCGCCGCCCCCGGAGCUGCCGGUUUCCUUCGAGGUCUCGGGCCGCUCUUCUCUUCUGGAACAGGCUGAUUGAAAACUUUGCAUUCUUUGGAUUAAAAUGAGGAAACUGAAGCUCUGAGAGGUUAAGUCAUUUAUUCAAGGACUCACAGCUAAUAAGUGGUGGAGCUGGGGCUCGAGCCCAGUGGCUCCUUUUCCUGCUUCUUAGACCAGAAAGAGUUUUUUACUGAGGAUGCCAGCCCCCAUCAGAUUGCGGGAGCUUAUCCGGACUAUCCGGACAGCCCGAACCCAAGCUGAAGAACGAGAAAUGAUCCAGAAAGAAUGUGCUGCAAUCCGGUCAUCUUUCAGAGAAGAAGAUAAUACCUACCGCUGUCGAAAUGUGGCAAAAUUGCUAUAUAUGCACAUGCUGGGCUACCCUGCUCACUUUGGACAGUUGGAGUGCCUCAAGCUUAUUGCAUCUCAGAAAUUCACAGACAAACGUAUUGGCUAUUUAGGGGCAAUGCUGCUAUUAGAUGAAAGGCAAGAUGUUCAUCUUCUCAUGACCAACUGUAUCAAGAAUGAUCUUAAUCACAGCACACAAUUUGUCCAGGGGCUAGCACUCUGUACCCUUGGCUGCAUGGGCUCCUCAGAGAUGUGCAGAGACCUUGCAGGAGAAGUAGAGAAACUCUUGAAAACCUCCAACUCUUACUUAAGAAAAAAGGCAGCACUGUGUGCUGUUCAUGUCAUCAGGAAGGUUCCUGAACUUAUGGAGAUGUUUUUACCAGCAACAAAAAACCUCCUGAAUGAGAAGAACCAUGGUGUCCUCCACACAUCUGUAGUCCUCCUCACUGAAAUGUGUGAGCGAAGCCCAGACAUGCUUGCACAUUUUAGAAAGAAUGAAAAGCUUGUGCCCCAAUUAGUCCGAAUUCUAAAGAACCUCAUCAUGUCCGGAUAUUCACCAGAACAUGAUGUCUCUGGUAUCAGCGAUCCCUUUUUGCAGGUACGAAUUUUACGGUUAUUAAGAAUUUUAGGACGAAAUGAUGAUGACUCAAGUGAAGCUAUGAAUGAUAUCUUAGCACAGGUUGCCACUAAUACAGAGACUAGUAAAAAUGUAGGAAAUGCUAUUCUUUAUGAAACGGUUUUGACGAUCAUGGAUAUUAAAUCAGAAAGUGGACUACGAGUCCUAGCCAUAAAUAUCCUGGGUCGUUUCCUUUUGAACAAUGACAAGAAUAUUAGAUAUGUAGCUCUCACAUCUUUGUUGAAAACUGUACAGACAGAUCAUAAUGCAGUACAGAGGCACAGAAGCACAAUCGUGGACUGUUUAAAAGAUUUGGAUGUCUCAAUAAAACGGCGUGCAAUGGAAUUGAGCUUUGCCCUAGUGAAUGGGAAUAAUAUCAGAGGCAUGAUGAAGGAAUUACUUUAUUUUUUGGAUUCAUGUGAGCCAGAAUUUAAAGCUGACUGUGCAUCUGGAAUAUUUCUUGCUGCAGAAAAGUAUGCACCUUCCAAACGAUGGCAUAUAGACACAAUUAUGCGAGUUCUAACAACGGCAGGAAGUUAUGUUCGUGAUGAUGCAGUCCCUAAUCUGAUCCAGUUAAUUACCAAUAGUGUGGAGAUUCAUGCCUAUACUGUCCAGCGCUUAUACAAAGCAAUUCUUGGUGAUUAUUCUCAACAACCUUUGGUACAAGUGGCUGCAUGGUGUAUAGGUGAAUAUGGAGAUCUUCUCGUAUCAGGCCAGUGUGAAGAGGAGGAGCCUAUUCAGGUAACAGAGGAUGAAGUUUUGGAUAUUUUAGAAAGUGUCCUAAUCUCUAAUAUGUCCACCUCUGUGACACGAGGUUAUGCCCUCACUGCCAUUAUGAAGCUUUCAACUCGAUUCACCUGUACCGUAAACCGAAUUAAGAAAGUGGUUUCUAUCUAUGGAAGCAGCAUUGAUGUGGAACUCCAGCAGAGGGCAGUAGAAUAUAAUGCACUUUUUAAGAAAUAUGACCACAUGAGGUCUGCCUUGCUUGAGAGAAUGCCUGUCAUGGAAAAAGUGACCACAAAUGGCCCUACUGAGAUUGUGCAGACAAAUGGAGAGACAGAACCUGCUCCACUAGAGACCAAACCACCACCCUCUGGGCCACAGCCCACCAGUCAGGCCAACGAUUUAUUGGAUUUGUUGGGAGGAAAUGACAUAACACCUGUUAUUCCAACUGCACCUGCAAGCAAACCUACUUCUGCUGGUGGAGAACUUCUUGAUUUGCUGGGAGACCUUAACCUUACAGGUACUCCAGCUGCUGCUCCAACCCCUGCCUCAGUCCCACAGAUAUCCCAGCCUCCCUUCUUGUUGGAUGGGCUUUCAUCACAGCCUCUCUUCAAUGACAUCACUUCAGGCAUCCCUUCCAUCACAGCAUACAGUAAGAAUGGCUUGAAGAUAGAAUUCACCUUUGAACGGUCAAACACCAACCCUAGUGUCACAGUGAUAACGAUACAGGCCUCCAACAGCACAGAGCUAGAUAUGACGGACUUUGUUUUCCAGGCUGCAGUACCAAAGACAUUCCAACUGCAGCUUCUGUCUCCUAGCAGCAGCAUUGUCCCGGCAUUUAAUACAGGAACCAUCACACAAGUCAUUAAAGUUCUGAACCCUCAGAAGCAACAGCUGCGAAUGCGGAUCAAGCUCACAUAUAAUCACAAGGGCUCAGCCAUGCAAGAUUUAGCAGAAGUGAACAACUUUCCCCCUCAAUCCUGGCAAUGAGGGUCCAGCACCAUUCUCAUUCUUAUCCCACUCAAUCAAAGGAACUCUGGGACGGAGGUUGUGAUUGCUGGCAAGUCCCCCCCAACUCUACCAUGGGCAUGAGGAGCCAAAGAGACUGUUGAGGAUUUUUCCUAAAGUUAUUGCUGACCUUGAAGCAUCGUUAAAGACUUAUCUCCUCUCCUCCAUUGUUGAGGCUGGCUGCUUCUGGAAGCUACUUUGCACUCUUCCUCCUCUUCUCCUUUUCCCGCACUUCCCCACCCUUCCUAAAUUUACAGCCAGAAUCAACAUUCCCCGGACCCUUGAGGAAAUAAGCAGCUGGUCUGGAGGGAGGACUGGAAUUCAUGGCAAGAAAACACUCAUUCUGUCUCUGCAGCAAAGGGUUGCCCCUUCUACUGUUGUUUCUCUGUGGACUGGGUGAGGUGGGGUAUUUAUUCCUCUCUAGCUGGGUUACCAUCUUAAGGCGCUUUUUACACCAGGCAUUCAGAUUGGAAAUGCAACAAUGGACAUUAGGGAGCCCUGCCUUUUUCUACUGGUUCCCCCAAUGAUUGAAAGAGGCAUUAGGCUCCUGUUAGCCUCUUCUGUGCAUUGCUGUAUACACACAGACACACAUAUGUAUGUAUGUUUGUUGCGAAGAACUAGCCAGACCUUGAGGGGUUAUUUGUAAACACUGGACAGAUGUAGUGGAAAAGAGCUUUUGUUGAGAUUUGGCAUGAAGGCUAUGGUGCUCUAUUUGUAAUAGAAACUUCCAAGGCUCUUCCAGCUCCCCCUUCUCACCAUUCUUUAGCUGUAGUCAUGAAUACGCUCCAUGAUUUUCAAAAUUGAUUCCUCUUAAAGUGCAAAGUGGACAACUUCAAAAAGAUAAAUUAAUAGUUAUUAACACCCCCACAAAUUAAAAAUGUCUUCUAAGCCCUUAACUUGCCUGUCAAACUAUGGAAAUGGAUUGAAAGGGGAGUUCUCAUUAGUUUUAAAGACCAGACUCCUUAGCAAAAGCACCUUUUACCCAUAGGAGGAUUGAGUAUCAGACUCAUCCUGGAGCAUACUGGAGUCGUCAUCUCAAUUACUCCAAACUUCCCUUUUAAUUUCUUGAGCCUGGCUUAGACCUUGGCAUUCCGUUUGAAUUCCUUCUUCUAACUGGAACAUUUGUGUUGUAUAUGUAACACUGGCACUGAAAUAAAGACCACACGGUUAAAGAAAUCUUUCCUAUAUUGUACUUCAUGAUGUUGGAAUGAAGCCUUGUAGAUUCCUAGCCCCCUGUAACACAGGAAGUCUUAAGACACCAUAGAGUAGGAGUAACCUUUCCUAAGUGAAAAAAUGGUCUCUUGACACAGACCAACCUUAGGAACAUCUAUAGCAAAGAUUUGAGGCCUGGAGCUCUUUAAACUAGUAGGAGUGCCAAGUGCUUAUUGGAAAGGAUCCUUGUGUCAUCAAACCUUAAAUUUAGUUGCUGGAAUUAAGGUUAACAGGGACUGUCCUAUGGCAUAUGUUGAAUGUACUAUGCACAUUCAAGUAUACAGGUAUCAUGUCUUAUACAUUAAAGAAGAAAGAAAAAGUGAGUCCACCUUGUUCUUAAAAUAUUACUGUAUUAAGUACAGAAUAAUGAAUACUUUGGUUUUGGUCUUAAAGCUGGGUACAGAUUCUUCAUUCCACCAGGCCUUUACUUAAUGCUAUUCAGAGUCUGGUCUAAUCUAGCUCUGUAUCAGAUGCUAGACUAUUCCUAACAUUUGACCAACUGGGAUUGAACUAAAGGCUCCAAUAGGGAAACCUUCUGGCCUUUAUUAGUAAGAGCAAGAUCUGUUAAAACUUACUCCAUUGGGUAAAUGGUUGAGUCCAAACAAGGGUAUUAUCUUUGUGCAUCGUUUUCAGUAAAAUGAGUGGAACUGGUGCAUAUUGUAAGACAAAUGCUCUGCCUGUGAAAUGAAAAGUAGCCUUUAAAGGUUUCCUUUCAGACUAAGUUCUUGGAUGGAUACUUAAUGCUGUGAAACCUGAUAGGAUUAACAUAAUAUUGGUGGAUUUCUUGAAUAGAUUUUUGUCUUAACAUUCCUCUUUGUGGUAGAGGCUUUAUUUUCUCUCUCAUUUUUGUAGUUAACCAACUCAAGGCUUUUUAGUUGAACUGAGUUGAAUAUCUGACGAAAUCCGAAGACCAUGCUAUAAGACAGUGGUGGCUGAUGGAGCUGGAAAGGAUCUACUAUACUGACAAAGCAUCUUCUUGGCUGAUGGAAAUUUUGAGGUAGAAUUCUAGGAUCAUCCAUAGCUUUGUCUACAAGGAAUAAAAUAUCAUGGCCUUAACACAAAGGGUGCUGCUUAGAACUUGAAUUAGUUUCAGAGACUAAGCCUGAGCAUCCUAUUGAAGGACUAGCAGCCAAAUAACUGCCUAGGAUACUGAUGGUUGUGAAGACAGUUUCAAAUGAUUGGAUCUUUGAAAGCUUCAGAGUGCCUUAGUUUCUAGGAUCAGAAUUAGUAUUCCUCUCACUUGGCCUUGCAGCUCAAAGGAGAAAUCUCGCAAUUGCUGUGAACACGUGCACAUUUCAGUAAUUUCUUUCCCAAGUGUAAGUAUUCAAGGGGGAGCAAACAUGGAUGGGAUUACAAGUUCAGAGGCUUUGUGAGGAAAGAGUGAUUGAUUUCCAUGACUGUUUUCAUAACCCAGGGUGAUGCACAUUGAGUCUACAUACACGUCCUUCAACACUUUCAUAUGCACUUUCACCUCAUUGUUGUUUGCAUUCUAUUGCCCCUCCCCACCCCGCCCUUUUGCAACCCUAAGGAGAUUCAUGUAAGUAAUUUCAAAACACCACAGGAAGGAUGCUCUCUUCUAGAGCUGCCCCCACAGAGCUCCGGGUGCUGUUACCUUGAGAUGGUUUAGACAGUCAUUGGAUGUUUUGUGUUGUGUAUGGUGAUCAUCUGUUAAAGAAAUAUUCCUCAUUGUAACAACUGGGAGGGGGUUCUUUCCUCUUGCUAGAUUAAAAGUGUGGUUUGUACCCCUUGUUUGUUCUAUUGAUAUAUGAAAAUAGACUUUAAAAAAUUGUUCAGCACUAAUGGUUUGAGUAUUUCCAUCUAUGAUAUAAUAUGCUUUCCUUUUUUUUUGUCCUUCUAGAAGAGCCAGGGGUUAAGGAAUACUGAUUUUGAGGUUCAACGCCAUUGUCUCGUGAAUUGGAAAAUAUUUGGGCCAUGAGAUUUAAGGGGAAUAGAGUUUCAUUGGGUAUAUUCUUUCUUGUGAAUGUAUUUUAACCCCAGUUUCCUAAAAAGAGAGAGAUUCAGAGAGCAAAACAUGGAUAUCCAAGAACUUUGUGGUUGGGGAGAGGUUGUACAUGUCUAUAUACUCACGUGCUUGGGAGUUGGAGUGGAUCACAUAAAGAGUUGCUCAGAAAGCCCUAUCGUUUAAAACCCUCUUGACCAGCUUUGACUCAGGAGGUGGGCUCCUUCUAGAACUGGAUGUGAAUAAUAACUUUUUCCAAGCAAUAGCAAUGAGUUGUUUCCAUCUACAGGGUUCCAAGACCUGGAACCCUUAAAUAGAAAAAAAAAUUGCUGAAGCAGCUUGCAAAGCUGCUUCUCAAACUUUCAUGAGGCUGAUCCUGGCUUUAAGAUGAAGCAUUGAAGGGUUAUUUUUAUUUCUGUUUUGUUUUUUAAGAACCUCCUGUUGUGUGUGUGUGUGUGUGUGUGUGUGUGUGUUUUCCUCUGUAUCUGGGGGCCUUAAGGAGCAGAGCAUCUAAACUCUUUCCUCCUGAGGUCUCAACUAUGUUCCUGUAAAGUUCUUUUUCUUCCACGUUGUUGUAAGUUACAUUUUCAUUAAGCCCCAUCACAUCUUCUUUACUGUAAAAAUAUUAAAAAGCUGUUUCCCAAUGGGACAGCUCAUGAAGUUCUAAUUAUUGCAGACAUAUUUUUGAGAUGUAAAAAAAAAUUAAGUCUUACAGGUGAGUGAGGAAUAAAAUGGAUGUAAACAUUUACAUGGGAUGCAUUAGAAUUUUGCUGUGUGUAUUGUCUUUUGGUUGAAACAAAUUAUGAACAGUGACUAAAAAUAAAAGUCAAUACUCGAUGA